CAGCCCUCAUCCCUCUAGGUUUGGACAGGAACAGGCCACGGUCAACCACAGCUCCCCGGUGGACUUCUUCCUUCUGGGCUUCUCUGAACACCCAGGGCUUGAAAGAAACCUCUUCGUGGUUGUCUCGAUCUCUUACCUCCUGACUCUGGUGGGCAACACACUCAUCAUCCUGCUGUCGGUGCUGGACCCCAGGCUCCACUCCCCGAUGUACUUCUUCCUCUCCAACCUCUCCUUCCUGGACCUCUGCUUCACCACAAGCUGUGUCCCGCAGAUGCUGGUCCACCUCUGGGGCCCAGGGAAGACCAUCAGCUUCCUUGGCUGCUCUGUCCAGCUCUUCAUCUUCCUGUUCCUGGGGACCACGGAGUGUGUCCUCCUGACCGUGAUGGCCCUUGACCGCUACCUGUCUGUCUGCCAGCCCCUCCACUAUGCCACCAUCAUCCACCCCCGCCUGUGCCGGCAGCUGGCAGCCAUGUCCUGGAUCGUUGGGCUGGUGGAGUCAGUGGUCCAGACACCACCGACCCUCCGUCUGCCUUUCUGCCGCCACCGGCGAGUGGAUGAUUUUGUGUGUGAGGUCCCAGCUCUAAUUCGCCUCUCCUAUGGAGACACCACCUACAAUGAGAUCCAGAUGGCUGCUGCCAGUGUCUUCAUCUUGGUUGUGCCUCUCAGCCUCAUCCUGGUUUCUUACGGUGCCAUUGCCCGGGCAGUGCUGAGGAUUAACUCCGCCGUAGCAUGGAGGAAGGCUCUGGGGACUUGCUCCUCCCAUCUCAUUGUGGUCACCCUCUUCUACAGCUCGGUCAUUGCUGACUACUUCCAGUCCAAAAAUCCCUAUGCCCAGAAGAGGAGCAAGUUCUUUGGUCUCUUCUAUGCAGUGGGCACCCCUUUACUUAAUCCCCUCAUAUACACCCUGAGGAACAAGGAGGUAAAGAGGACGCUCAGGAGGUUAUUGGGAAAGCAUGUGGACUCCAGGGACAGCCAAGGGAGAGCAGCCUGAUGUGCUGGAAAAGCAAGAACAGCUUCUCAGUGGUUUUCCCAGGAAGU